UUUAAAAGACUGUGACGUCAUUACACAACGUACAAUGCCACCAUGACGGUGAGACAUGUCAUCUUCAAAAGACAUCAUAAUAUGGUCAGGUUUGUGUUUUUUGGGACUUAGUGCCGCAGCCGCUUUAUAUAAGGAAAGAAAAUCAUUGCUAUCGAGACUCAAUUGGAUAACGGACAAUCAAGAAGACCAACCAACCACCGACGAAAUAACUUCGCCGACCAAGUCGGACCCAGACUCUGUACAUGCAUGUGGUAGCGCCGAAAACAUUUCCGACUCUGACUCGUUCUUCAGUGUAACAUCAGAGUGUGACUUCGUAGGUGACCAUACCGACUUGACAGACUCCUCGUCUUCAGGCGGUUAUAAAGACGCCACGAAGAGGAGCAUCGUACUAAAAAGUGAAAAAAGAGAAUUGGAGACGGAUGCACAUAGUUCCAUUUUCACGAACACCGUGAAAGGAUUUGCAGAACAACUCUCUUCCCCCAUUGUAGCUUCCAUGGAAUUCCAAACACCACGCCGAGAUCUAAACGACAACGGAACGGCUAAACGACUCGAUCAUAUUUAUAAUGACGUAACGCCAAACCAGCGCGUGCUCGAAGAUACAUCUCCAUGUACCUCUCAGCCUACUUCUUACAAUCGUAUCUAUGACGGAUACCACUCCAUUGUUACGCCAAAUUCACCAGCUACGAUGGUGUUUCGUUCACAUGAUAAAUAACAAUUUAAACUCAUAAAAA